GCGCCGCUGCGGGGCGGGCGGGGCCGUGGCGAACCGGGCGGGGCCGGGCCGAGCGGUGCCUCCCGGGCGGAGCGGCAGGAAUUCCGGCGGAGCGGAGGAAUGCGGGGCUCCCGCCGCCCGGGCCGCGGCGGGUCCCUGGGUGCAGCGCGGUGACGGACGGCCAUGCCCUAGGGGAGCCCCGCCAUGAGCCAAAGCGGGGCCUCGCGCCUGGCCGGCUCCCCGCCGCUGCCGGGGGGCUCCCUCCUGGCCCUACUGGCCCCCGAGCCCUCCCCGUCCCCCCCCAGCGGGACACCCUCGCCCGGGCCCCCGCCGGCCUUGCUGGAAGGGGACUGGGAAGGGCGGGAGGAGCUGCGGCUGCGGGAGCUGGAGGAGGCGCGGGCGCGGGCGGCGCAGAUGGAGAAGACGAUGCGCUGGUGGUCGGACUGCACGGCCAACUGGCGUGAGAAGUGGAGCAAGGUGCGAGCCGAGCGCAACCGGGCUCGGGAGGAGGUGCGGCAGCUGCGGCACCGGCUGGAGGCGCUCACCAAGGAGCUGGCCAGCCUGCGCCGCGACCGCGACCGCGAGCGGCCCGACGAGCGCCCGGCCCCGCCGCGGGCACCGGCACCGGCACCGGCCAGCGCCGGCUUCCCGCCCGCCGACGGAGCAGAGGGAGACGCCGGCCCUGAGCAAGAAGAGCCUGUGCGGGAUGUGGGGGCUGAGGUGCCCCCAAAAGCCAAGGAGCUGGAGCUGAUGGAAAACAUCUUGACGAGCAAGCAGGACGAGAGCUGGGAGCAGCGGGGCCCCCGGGCCUCCUUCAGCCGCCAGGAGCGGAGCCGCCUGCUCUGGGAGGACGUCAGCGUCGUGGAGGAGGACGCCACCAAAGUCACCGCCCUGAAGCUCAGGCUGGAUGAGUCCCAAAAAGUGCUGCUCAAGGAGCGGGAGGACAAGCUGGCGCUCAGCAAGAACAUCGAGAAGCUGGAGGGUGAGCUCAGCCAGUGGAAGAUCAAGUAUGAGGAGCUCAACAAGAACAAGCAGGAGGUGAUGAAGCAGCUCAACAUCCUGAAGGAGAUUCAUCAGGACGAGCUGGGGCGCAUCUCUGAGGACCUGGAGGAUGAGCUGGGUGCUCGCUCCAGCAUGGACAAGAAACUGGCUGAGCUGCGUGCAGAGAUGGAGCGGCUGCAGGCAGAGAACGCGGCCGAGUGGGGCCGGCGGGAGCGGCUGGAGACAGAGAAGCUCAACCUGGAGCGGGAGAACAAGAAGCUGCGGGCACAGAUCGAGGACCUGGAGGAGGUGCUGGCUCGCAAGCGGCGCCAGACAGCCAGUGCCCUGGACACUGACCUCAAAACCAUCCAGGCUGAGCUCUUCGAGAAGAACAAGGAGCUGGCCGACCUGAAGCACAUCCACACCAAGCUGAAGAAGCAGUACCAGGAGAAGAUGGCCGAGCUGGCCCAUGCCAACCGCCGCGUGGAGCAGCACGAGGGAGAGGUGAAGAAGCUGCGCCUGAGGGUGGAGGAGCUGAAGAAGGAGCUGGCCCAAGCCGAGGAUGAGCUGGAUGAGGCCCACAACCAGACGCGGAAGCUGCAGCGGUCGCUGGACGAGCAGACGGAGCAGAGCGAGAGCUUCCAGGUGCAGCUGGAGCAUCUGCAGUCACGGCUGCGGCGCCAGCAGAGCGCCCCGCUGUUCGGCAAGAUGCGCAGCGCCCGCUUCGGCCCCGACGACGCCGGGGACGGCACCAGUGACCCCGACGAGGACGAGGACCUGCAGAUACAGGUGCCCUAGAGCCCAGGGCCAGUGCCACCACCGCAGGACGUGCCACAUCAGUCCUCUGCCUUCAAGUGCAUCUCACCACGGGGCCCAGCUGUGCGGUGAUACUUGUAUAGAUGGGGAAACUGAGGCACAGAGCGGUGGGGAGAAAUUUGCCCCGGGUGCUCUAAAACCUGCUGCUUCUUGGACAGUACUGGAUGCCCCUUCGGCCACUGGCAUCUCCUGGAACACUGAUGUGGCCACUAAAGCCAGCAUCACGGAGCAGCCCAGGAGGAGGAGGCACAGGCAAAGAGAAGCACCAAGCUUGGCAGUCACAAACUGCCCACUUCUUUUUAUAUAUAUUAUAUAUAUGUAUGUAUUUGUAUAUGAUUUUUUAUUAUAAAUACAGAGCCCAGAUGGGCCUAGGCUCUG